CUGCCCGCCCUGACAAAUCCAUUGCAUCUCGAUUCCGGUCAUCUAGGGCAGUUCGAUGUUUGAUGUUUCCACAUGGCACUCUCCAUUUGCCUUUUAGAUCGUUGUGACUACGGCUAGUACUACUGCAUUGACUGUUCCGCAUAUGGAAUACUAAGUCUAGACUGUCUAGUAUCGUCCCCGCCAGCCACCGUCCUACACUCCCAUCGAGUAUUUCAUCCGCCGGUUCAAGCCGACACAGCCAUGGACUUCGUCGGACCAGAUGCCGAGACGCCGCUCCUCUUCGGCCCGCAGGCUCCGCAACAACCGCAACCACCGGUAGACUACAACUCCAUCCUCAAACCACGGCCGCGUGUUCGCCUCGACGACAACGACGGUGAUGAUGACGUCUCCUUCUUGCCUGCAGAGACAACAACAACACGCACGCUGGGCUGGAGCAGCACCUACAUCCUGAUCAUCUCGCGCGUCAUUGGCAGCGGCAUCUUUGCCACCCCCGGCGCCAUCGUCCGCUCCGUCGGGAGCAUCGGCCUGAGUCUGCUGCUGUGGAUUGCCGGGGCGGUGAUCAGCUGGGCCGGGCUGGCCGUGACGUUGGAGUAUGGCUGCAUGUUGCCGCGGUCGGGCGGGGAGAAGGUCUACCUCGAGUUCACAUACCGCCGGCCGCGCUUCCUCGCAUCGACGCUCGUUGCCGUCAACGCCAUCCUGCUGGGCUUCACCGCAAGCAACUGCAUCGUCUUCGGCGAGUACCUGCUGUUCGCCCUGGGGACAGCCCCCGCCGACAAUCCGGUGCUGGUGCGGGUCCUGGCCGUGGCCCUCAUGACCGGCAUCACCGUGCUUCACGGCUGCUUUCUGCGGACCGGCAUCGCGGUGCAGAAUAUCCUGGGCUGGGUUAAGAUCGGCCUGAUCGUGGUCAUGACGGUCGCCUCGGGGGUGGUGGUCGUGUUGGGGAAUGGUACUGCACGGUACAAGCCGGAGGAGGGGGAGAUGAUGAUGAUAAGCAUGCCCAGGAUGCCAUCAACAUCAGCAUCAACAUCACCAUGGGACGGCAUAUGGGAGGGCUCGGUUUGGAACUGGGGGGUCAUCAGCACCGCGCUGUUCAAGGUCUUCUACUCGUACGCGGGGCUCCACAAUGUCAACAACGUCCUGAACGAGGUGCGAGACCCCGUGCGCACACUCCGGUCCGCGGCCCCGGCCGCCCUCGCCACCGCGUGCCUGCUCUACCUGCUCAUCAACGUGGCCUAUUUCCUCGUCGUGCCGCUCGACGCCAUCAAGGAGGGUGGCGAGCUGGUCGCCGCCUUGUUUUUCGAGAGGGUAUUUGGGCAGACCCUGGGCAAGCUGCUGCUUCCCCUGGCCGUGGCCACUUCGGCGGCCGGCAACGUCAUGGUCGUGACCUUCUCCUUGGCCCGCCUAAAUCAGGAGAUCGCACGUCAAGGCCUCCUCCCCUUUGGAGAUGCUCUCUCCUCCUCCCAGCCCUUUGGCACCCCCCUUGGUGGCCUGGUGCUGCAUUAUAUCCCGUCCGUCCUCGUGAUCUGUGUCCCGUACAAGAACAUCUACUCGUUCAUCUUGGAAGUCGAGGGCUACCCCGGCCAGUUCUUCUCGCUGGCCCUGUCCGCCGGCCUGAUCUGGCUGCGCUGGCGACGCCCGUACCUGGAGCGCCCGUACCGAGCCUGGCUGCCGGCCGUGGGGGGCAUGGCCUUGCUGUCCUGCGCCCUGCUCUGCGCCCCUUUCGUGCCCCGCCAGGGCGAGGAUUGGAAAGCCCACUUGUCGAGGGUGAGUUACGCGCUGGUGGGCAUCUUGGUGCUCGCAUCUGGGGUACUGUACUGGGCGGUGCUGUCAGUCUUACUGCCUUGGCUACGAGGAUACUCGUUGGAGGAAGAGGUUGGCGUUCUCCCGGACGGGACGGCCAUUACUAGACUAGUUCACGUUCCCAAAGAUACUGUCGUAGAUGGGCCUAUCCGAAGGGCGGUCUGAACAGAUCGUGGUGCAACAGCAAGUACUAGUAAAC